AUGCUGGGGACCCUCUGCAUUCUCAUCACUGCGCUCUCAUGUGUCAGUGGAGUUAUAGUGGUGACACAGAAGCCUCCUGUUCUGACAGUGAGCAAAGGAGGGACGGCCACUAUGGACUGUAACCUCGGGACAGUGACUGAUCAAUCAUCUCGCUGGUAUAAGCAGGUUCCAGGAGGAGUUCCUCAGUUUGUGCUCCGUUACCGUCAUGACUGGAGCGCUCCAAAAGACUAUGGAGCUGGAUUCUCCUCCACCCGCUUCACAGCCACUCACCAGAGUAAAUCAGACUAUAAGUUUGUAAUUAGCAAUGUGGAGGUGGGAGACUCAGCAGUGUAUUACUGUCAAACAUGGGACAGCACUGCUAAAGAGGUGGUAUUCGGCCAAGGAACCAAGCUGAUUGUCACUGACUCUUCUCUUCCUGCGCCUUCCCUCACUCUCCUCCCUCCAUCCAGCGAGGAGCUGAAGACAGACAAAGCCACGCUGGUGUGCCUGGCGCAGAUGUCUGUGGGUUUGGCUGAUGUCAGCUGGACAUCGGACGGGAAUCCCGUCACCGACGGGGUUUUCACCAGCUCCCCCGAACAGAAAACCGACAAAUCCUUCGGUGUGAGCAGCUUCUUAACCGUCAGUCCCUCCGAAUGGGGAAGCGACCGCGUCUUUUCUUGCAAAGUUUCUCACGGCUCACAAGCCUCGGAAGCACGCAUUAAAAAGUCUGAUUGCGUUGCCGAGGAGCUGAAGACAGACAAAGCCACGCUGGUGUGCCUGGCGCAGAUGUCUGUGGGUUUGGCUGAUGUCAGCUGGACAUCGGACGGGAAUCCCGUCACCGACGGGGUUUUCACCAGCUCCCCCGAACAGAAAACUGAUAAAUCCUUCGACCGCCUGCACGGACUCUUUGACGACGGCAUCUAA